UUACUCUCUUCCGCCAUGUCGGGUCUUCCUGCCCGCGCCUCGCUGCUAUUGCUGCUGGGGUUGCCCGGUUUCGUGCUGGCACUGCCUCCGGGCAGCGGCGGACGGCUCCGCUACGAGCCCACCUGGGACUCGCUGGACGCCCGGCCGCUGCCCGCCUGGUUUGACGAAGCGAAGUUUGGCAUCUUCAUCCACUGGGGCGUGUUCUCGGUGCCCAGCUUCGGCAGCGAGUGGUUCUGGUGGUACUGGAAGAAGGAAAAGAGAACACCCUAUGUGAAAUUUAUGGAGGCAAAUUACCCCCCUGCGUUCACUUAUGAAGAUUUUGGGCCACUCUUUACAGCAGAAUUUUUUGACCCCAACCAGUGGGCAGAUACUUUGAAGGCCUCAGGUGCAAAGUAUGUUGUCUUAACUUCAAAACAUCAUGAAGGCUUUACUCUUUGGGGUUCUAAAUAUUCUUGGAACUGGAAUGCUGUUGAUCUGGGACCAAGACGAGAUCUUGUGGCUGAACUAGCAACAUCUGUUAGAAACAGGACUGACUUGCAUUUUGGGUUAUAUCAUUCUCUUUUUGAAUGGUUUAAUCCUCUCUUCCUCGAGGAUGCCACCAAUAUCUUUAAGACAAGAAAAUUCCCUACCACUAAAUCAUUACCAGAACUCUAUGAAAUUGUGACCAGGUACCAACCAGAAGUAAUUUGGUCUGAUGGGGAUGCGAAUGCGCCAGAUACUUACUGGAACAGCACUGGUUUCCUGGCUUGGCUGUAUAAUGACAGUCCAGUGCGGGACACAGUUGUGACCAACGAUCGCUGGGGAGCUGGCAGCAUGUGUAAGCAUGGUGGCUUCUUCACGUGCAGUGACCGCUACAACCCUGGGCACCUUCUGCCACACAAGUGGGAGAACUGUAUGACUAUUGACAAGGGGUCCUGGGGGUACAGGAGGAACGCAGAGCUUGAUGAUUACCUCACAAUUGAGGACUUGGUGAAGCAACUUGUAGAAACAGUGUCCUGUGGAGGAAACCUCUUGAUGAAUAUUGGGCCCACGCACGAUGGUCGCAUCGCUGUUAUAUUUGAGGAACGCCUGAGGCAGAUGGGUGCCUGGUUGAAGGUCAACGGAGAAGCCAUCUAUGGGACAAAGCCAUGGAGAGCACAGAAUGACACAGUCACACCAGAUGUCUGGUACACUUUCAGCCCUAAAGAAGGUGAAGUCAAUGCUAUCUUCUUUAACUGGCCAGUCUCAGGGACUCUGGAACUUGGUGAGCCACAGGCUAAACUUGGAGAAACACAGGAGAUUCAAGUCAAAGCCGUGCACAAAGCAAAAGCACGUGAGGGUUUUGGCUGCCCAGGGAGGCUAAAUAGUGACGCUGGUUGGUUACAAGGAACUGCUGAAAUGGGUUGCACUGGGAGAAAAGGGAAUGAUGAUAGCUCUACCUCAAUUAACUCCGAAGCAAUUACCAUGUCAAUGGGGCUGGACUUUACAGCUGACAAACAUAGACUGAGACACGUGCUGCUGGAACCUUGGGUUAGUAGGGAAUGAUGAUUACUGGCUUCCAACUCUUGCUUGACUGAGAAGCAUCAGUAAUUGCACUUUUUAAAUGAAAGGUGGUGGGCUGUUAUUAAAGGAUGGAAUGAGCCUCACAUGAUAUCUAGCACUGGCUACUUGAAUUCUCUAUGCAGUUUGUUUCUUUGAACUUGGAUGACACCCGGGUUUUCAUACUUGUCCUUUUCUUUCCAGUCCAUUUCUUUCCAACUUAUGUGAAGAUUGGGAGGGGGUGGCAGAGGCAGGGAAGACAGGCCAUAGAUUUUUAAAGCCCUGAGAAAGAACAAAGCUAGCUCAAGCCAGUGUUGCAGUGCCCCCAAGUCAGUCAUAUACUUUAAGGCAAGGAAUAUAGCUUCCACAAAACUGUACAGUAAGCAAGGCCAGGUUUAGAGGAAGAACACACAACUUUUUCCA